AUGCCUCAUCAACCACUCUCACUCGAAUUCCUCACAAAGCGACCAUUUGAGAUGACAUCGCUGAAACAUUCGACAAUAAAGAAAGAGAACCGGAAACGAUCAAACACCAAUCGACCUCAUCCACCGCACAAAUUGAAUAAAAGAUAUUGGGACGAGUUGCGAGCCAACGGACAACCCAAAUCCCCAGCGCCGAAGCCUUACUAUUUUGGGUGGAUU